AUGGCUAGGAAGACAAAGCUUAGGAGGAUAGAAUCUGUAUCGUUGCCCCACCAUGUGGUUGAGAUAAUCAUGGAGAGACUUCCUGUGAAGUCUCUGCUGAGUUUUAAGGCUGUGUCAAAGCAAUGGAAAUCAACGAUCGAAUCCCGGUUCUUCCAAGAAAGACAGUUUAAGAAUCGUCAACAGUUUGGAGAUCAAGAUGUUCUCAUGGUGUCUUCAACUUCUCUAAGAACACUUGUGUUUGGCUCACUAUCAUCAACAUCAUCAUCGGGCAAGAUCCCUUGGGGAAACGAAACGUACUUAGUUUGUCAGAGCAGCGUUGACGGCCUUGUUUGUCUGUACGAUUCUCACCAACCUGGUUUUGUGGUCAACCCCACAACUGGAUGGUAUCGGCAUCUUCCUCUCUCGAGACUACAACAACUCAUAAUCGACUUAGGAUACCGUUACUUCGAGCUCGGACACGCAAACUUCGAACCUGGGUUCGGUAAAGACGAGUUCACAGGGACGCACAAGCCUGUUUGGCUCUAUAACUCUUUCGAAAUAGGCUUAGAGAAUGCUACGACGUGUGAAGUUUUCGACUUUAGCACCAACUCUUGGAGGUAUGUGACACCCUCUGCUCCUUGUCGGAUUCUUGGAGGCUUCCCUACUCCUGUGUUUGUAGAUGGGUCGCUUCAUUGGUUCACAGAGUGCAAAGAAACCAAGGUGUUAUCUUUCGACCUUCACACUGAAACUUUUAAAAUCACCUCUAAAGCUCCCUUCAAUGCAAGUCAUUGGGAUGUUCUUUUGUGCAACCUCAACAACCGCUUGUGCGUAUCCAAGAUGAAUCUGUCUGACCAAGUUAUAUGGUCGUUCAAUUCAUUCAACAAGACAUGGGACAAGCUUUGGUCCAUAGAUAUUAAUCGAACUUGGCUUUCCUUUGGUUUCCCAACAGUAAGCGCUCUCUCGCCACUAGCAAUUUUUGUGGAGAAGGAGAAGAAGAAGUUGUUGUUUUAUGAUCGUGGUUACAAUCAUACGCUGGUGAUACAUGAUCCUGAAACCAAAUCAUAUGAUGUUGCUCUUUCUGAUGAAUCCAUUGGUUAUCCUGUUUGUUAUUUUCCAAGUUUAAUCUCUAUUUGAUUAUUGUCAAUCUUUGCUUGUUUGUCCAAGUUAUGGUUAUUGUGUUACUUGUUUCAUAUUUGUUUUGAAACAACUUCAGGUCAACCAUUGUUUUGAAGUGUGCUUUCUCAUUCUUUUCUCUCGUUUAGUUCAAUGGUAGCAUAACUGAAAGCAUUCAUCAUGAAAACAAGAGAAUCUCGAGAAAGAAUGAAUUAGAAACAAACGCUUGUUUAAACUCUUCUACGGGAUCUCCUCUUAGUAAGAAGAACCGAAGAAGAACAAGACCUGACUUGAGAAGCUAACUUAACGAAACUCUCUUUCUUGAAUCCAAAGACCAGUGAAGCAACCAAACAGAGAAACACAAUGACCAAAGAUGUAGCCUCUCUCUUCAACUCUUUCACCAAACUGCUAUUGUUGGAUACAUCUUUCUGUAUGGUUGGAUCACAAUAAAGCCAACAAAAACGAAAAUAUUUGUAUGUAUUCGCUUUUGUAGCAGCAGGGUAUAAAACCUCGAAGAAUUCCCUGAAUCAAGUAACGAUUUAUAGCCUACUUCUUUCGUUGUGGAUAAGAACAAGUUCAGAGUUAUGUGGUUUUAGCGUUGCUGCCUUCUCCAUGCCUGUGAUGUAGAUCAGGACCCUCUUAUUUAUAUACGAUGAACAUUUGACAUUUUUUCACACGUUUCUCUAUAGGAUGCCAUAAUACCCGAGAAAGAGCAUGCCAAGUUCUGGAUAGAAAUCUCGAAUAAGUACCGUUUCAUUGACCAGGUACUUUGAACACUUUCUCUUAAAACACUCAUCGUUCCCCUUUAUCAAGAGCAUAUCUGAUUGUGGAUCUUUCUACGAAAACAACCUCUGAGGGAAAGACUUCAACUUGACACUGCACUGACAUGUCAUGCCCUAGACCGGCAAGAUGUUUGCUGACAAAAUAGUAAUGUCUGGUUAUGAAGAGCCGCCUCAUGCAUCAUCAUCUAGGAAAGAAAGAGAGCUAUGUUUCAGGUUUGAGACUCCAAUGUCUGAUCUGUAUACUGAAAACAUGUUAAUUUAGAAUUAUUAUUUUUAUUAAA